AUGAUGCUUGCUGCUCUGGUAUGGCUCAAUUACAGCGAAUGCGAAGCAUACCUCUCCGAUCGAGCGUCUAAAGGCUUCAACGUAGUCCUUGCGGUCGGUUUUACGCAGAUUGGCAUUGACAGUCCGAAUCGCAAUGGCGACCUGACUUUUAUCGAUUACGAUGUUACGAAACCCAACGAGCCAUACUGGGCGUACAUCGAUUCCAUAGUCGAGCUUGCCUGGAGCAAGGGCAUUCGCAUUGCGCUCGUCCCUGCAUGGGGCAAAUAUGUACAUUCAGACACAAAUGCCGGUUCUGUCAUCAAUAUUACCACAGCAAAGCCGUUCGGGAACUUCAUCGGCCAGCGUUACCCGUAUCUUCCCAAGCUCCUGGUCGCGGAUACCAACCCAUGGUGGAUGAACAAGACUGCCGUGAAGGUAGACUAUGCAACCGGAGGCGUUCCACCGACCUACGACCACGUAGACUGGAGUGACGUAUACGAUGCUCUAGCAGAAGGAGUCACUACAGGAGAACGUGAAGCAAUAUCCUCCACAACUUGGAAGCCGCUGAUGACCAUUCAUCCUACGAAUCAAUGGUUUAGCGGCGGUCCAAUUGCUCUUGCCAGCACUUUAGUUGGUGAUCGCGAGUGGCUGACGUUUGACACCAGUCAGUCAGGACAUGCAGACUACCCGCCCAACCCUCCGAUCCCAUGGUGGAACGCGCGAAGAGGAUGGGAGCCGGUGGAGUUGAUGUAUGCCGCUGGGGAAAAAUCAGAUGGAAGAACGCGGCCAGCGCUGGAUAACGAAGCCCAUUAUGAGGCGCGAUACAACAACGGUAAAAGCAUAAAUUCAUACUGGAAUGCAACCGAUGUGCGUAUCGGGAGCUGGCAGGCAGUGUUCUCCGGUGCUGCCGGUGUCACGUACGGUGCGGAUAACGUGAUGCAGAUGUACGUCCCAGGAUUAUUCGAGCCGGCUGGCAGCGGUCCUGCGAGAUCUUGGGCCGAAGAUAUCCAUCUUCCUGGGUCUGUUCAAAUGCAGUACAUCAAGAAGGUCAUCGAAGAUCGUGGGGAUGGAAGCUACUUCCAAAGGCUUCCCACACAACAUGUUAUAAUUGGUGACGCAGCUACGAGCGACGCCGGCGGAUCCUGGAUUAUGGUCUACACUCCAACGGGAAUGAGCAUGUCUAUUGACACAGGGAUUUUGGCAGGAUGCAAUGUCAGCGCCAGCUGGUACAAUCCAUUGGAUGGGAGUUACUCCAGUUUCGAGUUUGUCCCUUCUGAAGCUACGCCCAAACCAAUAACAGAAUUCGUUCCUCCAACAGAUGAACAACAUACGGACUGGGUAUUGGUUCUGGAACAACAAAAAUAG